AAAAAGGAGGAAUUCUACCCGGGAUCAAUGCAGAACUAAAGAUAAUCUGCCUUGCGCUGAAUACGUUGAACCAGGAGACUUGUAGUACUGAAAGAAGGUAGCCCGGCCGAUUGAGAGAUACGUUUGAUUCCAUAUAUUUACACGCGGAGUCCUCCCGCGGCAGGAGGAAGGUGGAGCACUACAUUUCCCAAAGCGCUUUGUAACGUGGCUUUUGCUCGCCUGCGCACUGGGGCACCUUACCGUCUGACCGGCCUGCAGGGAGCGUAGAUCCUCAAGUUUGGCUUUUGCAGUUCGAAUGCGAGCAGAUCAGGGUUUCAGGGCGCCCCACCCCAUUGCCAGCACUGGCCAUGAUCGAGUUUGUGCUUGCAGAUCUUGGAAAUUUGCUCCAGAUUACUGCGGUUUUCAAAGCAAGUCUCCGACUCAGGUGUUUGUUAGGUUCAACUCCAGCCAUGGUUUCCCAGUGGAGGUUGAUUCAGAUACCAGCAUCUUCCAGCUGAAGGAGGCGGUUGCUAAGCGACAGGGAGUUCCAGCUGACCAGUUACGUGUGAUUUUUGCAGGCAAGGAGCUCAGGAAUGACUUGACACUGAAGAACUGUGAUCUACCCCAGCAAAGUAUUGUUCAUAUUAUUCAGAAUCAGCAGAAGAGUAAGAAUGAAAACCCCAGGAUCCUCCUCUCAAACAAUGGAAGAGAACCGACAAGUCUUACUCGUGUGGAUCUUAGUACGAACCUUUUACCUUCUGACUCAUUGGGACUAGCUGUGAUUUUGGACAACAGAGUUCCUAUUUCAUCAGAAGCUGCUAAGUACAGCAGUUUUUAUGUUUUCUGCAAAAGCUUCUGCCAGGCCGUGAAACCUGGGAAACUCCGGGUUCGUUGCAAAACGUGCAAACAAGGGACACUGACUUUGGCACGGGAACCAUCUUGCUGGGAAGAUGUUUUGAUUCCAAACAGCAUCAGUGGUAUUUGUCAUUACCAAAACUGCAGUGGAGAAAUAGCGGAAUUCUAUUUUAAAUGUGGAGCACACCCAACCUCUGACAGUGAGACAUCUGUGCCGCUGAACCUCAUUACAACAAAUACUCGGUACAUCUCAUGUAUAACCUGUACAGAUGUUAGGAGUCCUGUGUUAGUCUUCCCAUGCAUUCAUCACCAUGUUAUUUGCCUGGAUUGUUUUCACCUCUACUGUGUGACUAUGUUGAACAAUCGCCAGUUUGUCCACGAUCCUAUCGUUGGGUAUUCAUUGCCAUGUGUGGCGGGCUGUCCAGAUUCCUUGAUUAAAGAGCUGCAUCAUUUCAGAAUUCUUGGAGAGGAGCAGUACAAUCGUUAUCAAUGCUAUGGCGCAGAAGAAUACGUUCUGCAGACGGGUGGUGUUUUGUGUCCCACUCCAGGAUGCGGAGCUGGCCUGCUUCCUGAAUCAGAAAUGAGGAAAAUAGUGUGUGAGCCAAGAAACGGACUGGGUUGUGGGUUUGUGUUCUGCCGUGAAUGUAAAGAAGAAUACCAUGAAGGGGAAUGCCAUAGCUUAUUCAAAAGUCCAGGAGCCACAGCUCAAAUGGGAUUUGAAAUUGAUGAACAUGCCGCCAUGAAAGCUCGUUGGGAAGAUGCAUCCAAAGAAACAAUAAAAAGAACAACAAAGCCAUGCCCUAAAUGCCAUGUUCCAGUAGAAAAGGACGGUGGAUGUAUGCAUAUGAAAUGUCCUCAAUCUCAGUGUAAAUUUGAAUGGUGUUGGAAAUGUAGCCUUGAAUGGAACAGAAUGUGCAUGGGAGAUCAUUGGUUUGACUGAUCCUUAAGGAAACCUAGAAACAACCAAUUGCUUCACAGGGAACUUCACAGUUACUUCCCACAAUAUCAGAUUCCAAAGUUUUUGUUCAAGCUUUGAAUUUCUCACAAGUAUUAAUUGUGGGAUUAAUUAUGACAUUUGGCUUUUGUGUAUGUGUUUUUCAUAAGCACCAAACAUCAGUAUGUAUCUUCAGAUGGUCACAUCUAAGUCCAAUAUAGCAAUUUUUAAAAAAAAUAAUCAGAAGGACCAGGCUAUCAUCUGUUAGAUAUAUUCUGCUUACAUCAAGGCAACUCUAUAACUCCCUCCCUUGAAAACUAGGUCAUGUCUUUGGCCAGUUUCUGUUUUUAAUUGAUUUCAUCUUUGAUUUUGAAAAUGUGUUAUCUAUUAUUGGCAAAAUAAAGAACUAUACAAAACUGGGCCUCUCAAAUUGUUCAAACUAUUAUGGUUUAUAUUUAUCAGCAGUUCAGUUUGUGACUUUGUGUUUGAAGGUUUGGAAAUAUUAAUUUUUAAAGUAUAUAGGUAUAAUCACAAGUGCAGUUUCAGAUAAACAAUAUAUUACACAACUUGCCUUCUAAAACCAAAACUUUUAUAGUACAAUUUUUUAUAGUGACACAACUUUUACUGGAUUGAUUUCCAGGCCUCAGUCACAAAUAAAAUAUAGAUCUUUGCAAGGGUGGGAUUCAAACAUUUUAGCAACCAGUUCUCUACCCGGUUGCUGGGUGGGCAUAGCUAUGGUGGGUGUGACCAACUCAGCCUCCUGCACCACGGCAGUGGGGGCGUUUUCACCUUUCCUCGAGCCUCCAGGAAGGCGAAAACGGCCUCUCCCGGGCUCUGAAGGCCCUCCUGAACCCAGAAACGGGCCCAUUUCUGAACUUCUGGGAGGCCCAUUUUUUGCCCUCCCCAGGCUCCAGAGACUUGCCUCAAGCUCCGGGAGGGUGAAAAUGGCCUCCCCUGGAGCCCGGAAAUGGGCCCGUUUCCAGACUUCCAGAACUUCCGGGAGGGCCGUUUUUCACCCUCCCAGAGCCUCUGCGCAGACCCUGCACUUGCCUGGCAUCCAAAAUGAGCCGUGUGGAGACUCCUGGGAGGGGAGGGACAGGGUGUGCGGGGCCAGCCAGUCCUUGCAACUACCGGUUCGGCGAACCAGAUGUAAAAUUAGCAUCCGUUUCGCCCGAACCAGUCCGAACCAGCUGAAUCUCACCCCGGAUCUUUGUUGUCUGCUUUUGACCUCUUUGGUAUGUACAUUCCUAGAAGAGCUAGAAGAGUUUAGCUAUAAUAUAUACAUUAGAGACUUGGGCAAAGUUUUUCUAAGUCAACAUCAAUUUGAGUUCUGUGAUCUCAUUGUCUGACAUGAUAUAGAUAUUUACAGUUUUACUAGAAUUACCCAAAACGGUUAUAAAACAGACUGAUUUUGAUUGACAUUUUUUUUUAUGGAUUUGAUUUUUAGAAUUAUAUUUUUACAAGUCUUUGGUCGAAGCUAUGCCAGUAUUUUAAAAAAGGUCUUGCUAUAGGUUUCAUCCUCAAUAAAAGUUCUGGUGUUUUCAUGUU